AUGCCUACUCCAACCGCAUCUCCCAAAACAAUCAAACCAUUCGAAGCAGAAUCCCCCAAACCCAAGCCCUUAUCCCGCCCUCCCUCGCCUCUAACACUGCCGCCUGCGCAGACAAAGCUAGACAUUCUCGAGGACAAACCCAUCAAUCGAACUCUGAGAAUGAGCAGAACUCACAACAACGGCAUUGCUUCUGACGGAAAAAGAGAGCCAAACACCCCAAAAGAUAAUAGCAUCAACAAGAAACUCUCAAAUCCCGAGCAGCAACGGCUGAGGGUAAUCACACUUGCAGGAGAAAACAAGGGAGCAGUAAUGGAACUCAGUACCUCGCACAAGAAAACCCUUCAAAACGGUAAACAGACGUCAGGCUCAGGGAGUGAUAGCGGUGAAGAAGGAAAAUCAAGAAGCAAGGAUAAAGCUAACGGAGCACAGCCUCCGAUGUCGGGAUGGUUCAACAGCAAUGUGCAGGGAUUGAACAAUUCCAUUCUGUACAACUCAAACAUCCGUCAUAAGGACCCAGGAAUCCAUAUCUCGGUUAGCAGAAAGGGUAGCCAGUCGUGA